GCUUCAUGUGGGACGCUUCAUGUUGGCAUCCAGAGUACAUGUCCCAGAUAUGUCCAGUCCCACCUUCUGGUCCUAGUGCAGAGGAGCAGCCGACAGAUGACAGUAGCUAUCCUCCUUCGAUACUGAGGAAAAGGCCACCUGUGGACCAAGCUGUGGGGGAAAAGCGGAAAGUAGAGAGAAGGGUUCGAUUUCGUGAGCCAGAAGUCACUGAACAUGCCAUUUCCUGCUGUGACUACGUGGUGGUAGAUGACAGGUCAUCAUCUGGAUUGCCUGUGCUCCUGUGGAUCUCAUUUUGUGCAGUGCUGAUCCUUGCUGUGAGUCUCUACUACACCAGCAUGAAGCAAGAUGUCAAAGUCCUGGAGGAAUUUCAAUCCCGGCUUGUUAUCUUCUUUCUUCAUAUAAGACACGUUGCUCAGAGAUGUUGGACUUGGUUUGUGAGGCAGUAGCAGUGUCCUCCAGCCUGACACUGCUAAGCAGCAUGA